AUGUCGGGAGACAGAGGCAGCCAUUUCCUCCGGGGCAACCUGUUUGACCUGACGGGCAAGGUCGCCCUCGUGACGGGCGGAGGAUCGGGCAUCGGGCUCAUGAUCACGCAGACGCUGGCCUGGAACGGCGCCAAGGUCUACAUUGUCGGGCGGACGGCGUCCAAGCUGGAGCGUGUCGUGGAGACGUACAACACCCGCGAUCUGCCGGGCCGCAUCGUGGCGCUGCCGGGCGACGUGUCGUCCAAGGAGGGCGUGCGGGCGCUGCACGCGUCGUUUGUCGCGCACGAGGAGGAGGAGACCAAGGCCGGCGGGAAAGGCGCAAAGCAGCCGGCGGCGGCGCUCGACGUGCUGGUCAACAACGCGGGCGUGGCGAGCGCCAAGGUCGAGACGGACGCCAACGCGAGCGCCGAGGACGUGCGGCGCAGCCUGUUCGAGGCGGAGCAGAGCACGUUUGACGACUGGAACGGCACGUACAGCACCAACGUGACGAGCGGCUUCUUCGUGACGGCGGCGUUUGCGCCGCAGCUGCAGCGGGCGGGCGAGCGCGAAAAGGGCUGGUCCGCCGCCGUGGUCAACGUGUCGAGCGUCUCGGGCCUCAUCAAGCACUCGCAGCGGCACUUUGCCUACAACGCGAGCAAGGCGGCGGCCGUGUACCUGACGCGCAUGCUGGCGGCGGAGAUUGCGGGCGGCGGCGGGGAGAAGAAGGGCGUCGGGGUGCGCGAGACGGAGGGGGGUGGUGAGGGCGGCGGCGGCGAUGGUGAUGGUGAUGGUGAUGGCGAUGCCAAGGGCAGCGUCAAGGAGAGCCGGCUCAAGAUCCGCGUCAACGGCAUCGCGCCGGGCGUAUUCCCCAGCGAGAUGACGGCGGGCGAGAGCGGCGGCGACCAGAAGAGCGAGCUGGACCGGGGGCACUUUGCGAGGAGCCACGCCGAGGACGUGCCCGCGGGCCGGCCCGGCGAGGAGCGCGACAUGGCGCAGGCGGUGCUGUUUGUGGUGGGGUGCACGUACCUGAGCGGGCAGACGGUGGUGGUGGACGGCGGGUACACGCUGGGGGCGGGCAUGUAG